AUGCCAACACCAUACUCGUCACCUGGUGCGACCGGGAACAGCAGCUGCAGACCAGGGCCUACUGACGGGGACACAGGGGAAGGACGGAAGCCUUCCCGCCAAAUGCUAAAUGCCACAAGUUACCACGAAAAGCGCACCCCCCCUAUGGACUGGUGGAUAUCCCGGUCCCCGCCAGGCGGAGGGUCCUGGAACCCACACCAAACGACAGGCUCAGCAACUCUCCGAAACAAUCUAGAGUCCCGGGCCUCAAAGAUGGCGGACUCUCAGGUCCUGACAGUGCCGGACAACAGACGGUGUUAUGGCGAUGAAACAGACACAGGGGACUAUGCUAGAGACCCCAUCAAGGCAAUAUUGGAUCACUUCUGGGCCAGACUGCAGGCGCUCUUACACCCAGAGAGACCUCACCACCCACGGCUUCAACGAGAUAGAGUCGACGGCAGUCGGGCGGCUGGGGACCCUCCUCAGGGCAAACCUAAACCCCACACUACAGGCUCCAGCAUCCAAGGCCCUCCCGGGCUGAGGGCAACAGGGGUCAUACCCCCAAGGUUCCGGCCACACCCGCUUAGUACACUGAAGCGACUCCCCACACAGACAGCGAAGACUCUCCGCACUACCCCGACAGGACCGACCCUGGGCCUCAAUGGUUCCCAGGCUCAUGGCCUACGAGCACCAGCCCACACACGGUCCUGGGGCAGGGGAGAAAACUCACCUGUGAGACACCACGGCUCUACACAGCAGCAGCGGACUUCCAAAGGGAACCAUAAGCAUGGUAUUAAACUGAAGAUGGGCGGACGUCAGGCCAACAGUGGCGCGGCUGUACCCCAAGAGCGAGCUGGAAGCAGAUACUCCACUACACGCCACAUCUGCGUGGCCACCCACCCGCAUAGACGGCACCCACAGGUAAACCCCGGCCUCACAGCACAGCUACUGAACGGGCUCGACCUGAUGCACACCCACACUGACAUAAGCUGUUGA